CGGGACCCCAGAGCUGAGCAAACAAGCGAGACGGACGCUUCGACUGUCAGCCAUCUGAGGAAUGCGGAGGCUCGCGUAUCAGCACAGUGAUCCUGCAGAACCUAGAGAAGCUAGACAGAGCGGAAGCUGCAAGCUGUAGCAUCCAGCAUUAAUCUGAUAUCUCAGGAAAAGGUGGAGGAGAGCCGUCAGUCUCAAGGUGAUGCUGGUAACAGCGGCGCAGAGCAGACGAGGAAAACCAGAGAACGAGGAAGAGGGAGAAGACGCAGCCAUGAUGGGCACACCUCUACGGAGGAAAGCCCCGGCAUAUGAGAUGGCUGAAGCUGAACUUCACAAGGAAAGGCUCCAAGCCCUGGCGGAAAAACGGAAAAGACAAGCCGAGAUAGAGGACAAAAGGCGACAACUCGAUGAACUUGUUCUACAACUUCAACAUUUUAAGUCCAAAGCCAUGAGGGAGAGGUGGCUUCUCCAGGGGACACCAGCGGUGCCACAAGAGGAAGAAGAAGGCCGGAGAAAACAGGUUGAGCAAGACGAACAUCACGCUAAGACACUAGAAGAUGCUAUUCAUAGAUUGGAAUCAGAAAUCAGUCUUUUGGAGAAUGAAGAAUCACAGAUAUCAGCUAAAGAACAAGUUCUCAGAGAGCGAUCAUGGGAAACAGAGAGAUCUAUUGAAGAUCUCCAGAAGAGUCUUCAGAAUCAAGAUGGAGAUGCGGUGAAUUACAACUGCUCCCAGAUCCCGGACCUCCCAGAACUGAACUCCCAAACUCCCGUCUCAGCUUCAGGGGAUCAGCAACCGCCAAGAAAAUCUGCAUUAUACGCCAUGGAGAUCAGCGUCGAGAAGGACCGGAAAACGGGUGAAAGCAAGAUCCUCUCGGCCUCUGCGGUCAGCCCACGUGACGCUCACCAGAGGGGCGUCAAAGUCUACGACGACGGCCGCAAAGUGAUCUACGAGGUGCGUUCUGGGGGAUCUACAACACUGGAGAAUGGCACGCACCCCUGGAGCCCCGGCGAGGUGGACGAGCUCAUGCAACAAGUGGGCCAGUCCCAGCAACGAAGCGACGGAGCCCGGGUCACCGUCACACCCGCUGAGCCCCAGACAACUACAGGACAGGUCAGCUCCAAGCAAGACCACAAACAAUCCCCGAGGAAAGGCUACCAAGGUGAGGUCACGGAGACUCCACAGGCCUCUGCCGACAAACCGGUGACCAUGAUCUUCAUGGGCUACCACAGCGUCGAGGACGAGGAGGAAUCCAAGAAGCUGCUUGGCUUCGACGGCACCAUCAAGGCUGAGAUCGUCCUAAUCGAUGAGGACGAUGAGAAAUCUCUUCGGGAGAAGACCGUCACUGAUAUCUCCACCAUCGAUGGAAACGCCGCUGACCUUGUGUCGGGCCGGCCUCUGUCCGAUACCACCGAACUGUCCUCAGAAGGCAAAGAUGAAAGCUCGACCAAGGAACUGCCACCCACAGGUAUUGAAAAAAAACGCUGCCAGUGCUGUGCUGUCAUGUGACCUUUCU